GUGCUGGUUUCUUGAAUGUCCUCAGCUCAGAGAACAGCAGGCUCUGAGGAGACUUGAAGCUCAUCCAGUCCAGUCUCCUCUGGUGCAGGAGUCUCUCCUCCAGCACCAUGGCCAGUGUCAGUGUCCUUCUGUGGGAGUGAGACUUAGAGGAGGAGUUAAAGGAGAAAGCAACCUUUUCUGUUUGGAAGAUGAGACUAAGCCAGAAGACUGUAUACCAGAUGUUCCAGGCAAUGAACAUGCCAGGGAGUUUCUGGCUCAUGCACCAACUAAAGGACUUUGGAUGCCACUGGGGAAAGAAGUCAAAGUUAUGCAGUGUUGGCGUUGUAAACGGUAUGGUCACCGAACGGGCGACAAAGAAUGCCCUUUCUUUAUCAAAGGCAACCAAAAGUUAGAACAGUUCAGAGUAGCACAUGAAGAUCCCAUGUAUGACAUUAUACGAGAGAAUAAAAGACAUGAAAAGGACAUAAGGAUACAACAGUUAAAACAGUUACUGGAGGAUUCCACUUCAGAUGAAGAGGGGAACAGCUCCAGUUCCUCAGAAUGUAAAGAGAAACACAAGAAAAAAAAGAAGAAAGAAAAGCAUAAGAAAAAGAAGAAAGAAAAGAAAAAGAAGAAAAAACAAAAGCAUAAGUCUUCCAAGUCAAAUGAGAGUUCAGACUCAGAUUGACAAGAACUUGACUUGUUCAACAUUCUCUUCUCAAAAAUCAAACCCUGUGGCCAAAGAUCAG